UUUCUUUCAAAGUAGGGCAGCGUUUCAGCUCUGUUGGCCAUCCAUUGGUCAGUGAUCUUUAAAAAGCGUUGUUUCUUGAUGGCAUCAUUGCUGGCCAGCAUGGGUUGGAUGAUGCAAACUAUCAACGACUGGUUCUGGUGGGACCGCUUAUGGCUGCCGUGGAAUUCCACAUGGGCAGAUCUGGAGGAUAGAGAAGGGCUUGUCUACGCCAAGGCCUCUGACCUCUAUGUUACUGUGCCCUUUUCAGUAGGAUUCCUCAUUGUUAGAUACCUGUUUGAGAGGUUAAUAGCCACACCACUUGCUGCAUCUCUUGGGGUCAGGGAAAAAGCCAGGCACAAAGUAGAACACAUUCCCAUAUUAGAACUUUACUUCACCGCCCAGUCUAAGAAUCCAGGACAGACGGAUAUUGAAGGCCUGUCCAAAAAGUGCAGUUUGACAAACAGGCAGGUGGAGCGCUGGUUCAGGAGGAGGCGAAACCAUGAGCGUCCGGGGGUCCUGAAGAAAUUUAGGGAGGCCAGUUGGAGAUGUGUCGUCUACCUUUUUGCUUUCCUAGGAGGAAUACUUGCACUGCAUGAUAAACCCUGGUUUUACGAUCUUAAGGAAGUGUGGGUUGCUUAUCCAAAACAGUCGAUGCUCCAAUCACAAUACUGGUAUUACAUACUGGAGAUGAGCUUCUAUUGGUCCCUUCUUCUCAGCAUUACAUUUGAUGUUAAACGAAAGGAUUUCAAAGAACAAAUUGUCCAUCAUUUAACCACCUUGGCUCUUCUGGCCUUCUCUUGGUGUGCUAACUACAUCCGCGUUGGUUGCUUAGUUAUGCUCGUCCACGAUGCUUCUGAUGUAUUUCUGGAGUCUGCUAAGUUAUUCAAUUAUGCCAAAUGGGAGAAAACCUGCAACACCAUCUUUGUAAUGUUUGCCAUAGUAUUCAUGGUGACCCGACUUAUAAUUUUUCCAUUCUGGAUCAUCCAUUGUACCUGGGUCUACCCACUAGAUUACACUCCUCCUUUUUUUGGAUAUUACCUCUUCAAUGUCAUGUUAGUCAUCCUUUUGCUGCUACACAUCUUCUGGGCCUACCUGAUACUUCGCAUGCUGAAAAAGUUCCUCUUUGGCAGUCUGACCAAAGAUGAGAGGAGCGACAAUGAAGAAGAGGAGGAUGACGAAGAAGACAGUACCACGACGGAGGACCAUGAUGGACAUCAGAAGGUUUUAAACGGCAACAGAGGGGGAAGUGUAGGGAACCAUCACUGAUGGCUGACACUGAGACUCAGAGACACUUCUGAAGAGUGCCACCUCUUAAGACUGUUGGACCUGUGGACCAGAUACAGGCCUGUGCAGUGGUGAAGCUUGGAAAAAAAAAAUAUACUGGCAUAAUAACAACAAUACAUCACACAUAUGAUUUAUGACUUUGGACAGCAUGCUAAUAGUUUGUUGAAAAACAAAAACUCCUUCAAUAAUAGUUUUAACUAGACAUGAAACAGUUUUGUACAGUGUUAAUGGAGACACUUUGUGGCUUGGCUCAAAUUCUGUGUCCAAACACUUUGUCCUGAUGAAAACAGUGUUAGCCAUGGCAUAGCAGCAUAUCAAAUGUCUGCUAAAUGGUCAAGACCAGAUGAAGAACCCACAGAGAAUAGCUAACAGUUUCAUUACAGUUUUAGAAACCCUAAGUAACAAAUCCCAUACUAUCUGUGUGCUUUACAUUAACCUCUGCAACUAGGAGACCCCAACUGACAAUGUGAAAGUAAAUGUUACAUUGUUUGUUUGUUUUUGUCCCCAGAUGAUAAUUUACAGUGCAUUCUCAGGUGUAUUUAGCUCUCCUGCUGAGAACAAUAACACACUGUAAGGGGCAUCAUCCAUCCACCAAUUGUUUCUCCUCUAAGCAUGAACCAUGUAAAAGCCCAUUUAGGUAAUUGGUGAGGUAACCAGUUAUCUCUUUGACUGUCCUUCCCUUACCGUCACCAGGCAAAAGUUGUGUUUUUACAGUACAUUAUGGUCAUUCCCACGUAGGGAUAGUUUACUUUACAAGCUUUUUUCUUUUACCCCUCUUUGUCCUAAGUUUGGAAUGUAUAAAUCCCUGCUCCGCCUUAAGUACUGGACAUGGCUGACCCUUAAGCCAUUCUUGGAGAAUGAGGACUAAUGCAUGUCUCUUGUAAUACCUGUGAGGUUGGACACUGCUGAAGCAUGGUAACUGGGACGGUAUCCUUUCCAUCAUUCCCUCACAGAACAUGGCUGCUUAUGUUAUUUACAACACCUGGCCCGGCUGAUGGUAACACAAAUAUUCAAACUUACAACCUCUGCAAUGGUUGUGCAGUGUAAUUUACCACUCCACCACAAGAACCCUGGCAAUUCUGUUUUAACCAAAUUUUCAAAAGAGUUGUGUCUUAGUAAUGUUUAAAGGACAUUUAAAGGACAUUCAUGAGAGAGUGAAUGGAUAUAACACAUAUAAGCAAAACCCACUAUGCCAUACUAUGAAUAAUGAAGACAUGUGUCACUGAAGGGCAUUUUCUUUUUAUUAUGAAGUGUUUUAGUAAAAAUAAUU